UCGAGAAACAGCAUAGACCUGUGGGUGUUUUGUGAUAAAACGUAGCCAAAAAUUAACAACAAAUGGUUCAAAUUUCACCGAUAAAUGAAUUAAUGCCACAAAUAUUAUUAGACAUUUCAAACUCCUGUAUAUUCUAGUAUUCUACACGGUAAACAUUCAAAUUAUAUUUAUUCUUGUUCCAUAAAGCUUGUGGAAAAUAUUUAUAAAUAAGUCCCUUCAUCCAGUUGAUUUUUUCUGUUUUUGCCGCCUUAUCGAAAUCGGGGUUGCAACGAAAUUGUCAAACUCAAGUUAAAUGCAGUUUUACAAUGUCACGACCGGCGGAGUCGCAAGAUUACAAAUUCCGAACGCUUAAGUUUAUAAAAUAUGUACCAAAAAUACCCAAAUGGUGCGGUUGUAGCAGGAAAUCGUCGAGGUGGGAUUUCGGGAUUUGAAAUAUUUGGUGCUUUUGGUCGGUGCGAUUGGCAGCGUGUUGACGUCUGGCGAUAAUCUGUGACGCCAUUGUUGCGCCCUUUGCGAGUAUUGUUUUUGUUUCGAAGUAAAUGCGCUUUUUAAAAUUUAAAAAGUAAAAAACGCUGAAACUUAUCCGACUCCAAAUGGAAGAUUUUGUAGUGAUGUGACGUACGUAGUGAUGGAAUUUUCGAAAUAGUUCCACAAUUGGUAAAUUAGCGGGACACCCCGGAUUGAUUGAUAGGAAGUGGUUUGUUGUUCGAGAGAUAAUAAUGAAGUUUUUGGGAUUUUGGACGUUGCAACUGAAGCAAUUUUCACCCGUGUGCAGUUAGUGGGUUAGACAUAAAGUUAGUUAUGCAGGAGUUAUGUUUUGCGUCGAGGGCAUUUGAUGGUGGUUACUUGCGAUGGGGGACUAUGCUUUGUACAAGGCUAUUCAGUCAUUCACUCCCCCUUCAAGUGAUGCGACUUCGUUAGAAUUCCAGAAGGAUGACGUGUUCGAAAUCCCAGUGCAGAGCCCCUUCAGCACAAGCGAAUUCCAGAAGCCCGGCUGGCUGUACGCGUAUAACAGGCGCACGGGGGCGGAGGGCUACGUACCGGUGGAGUGCGUGAAACUUCUUGGUUCAGAAGUUAACAAUACAGUUCAUCAUCCGUCAGCGUUAGGAGUGGCAGUUUCAGACACAGAUACCACGGGGAAGACAGAAACCACCCAUAACAUCGCGGGCACGUUCUUCAUAAAACCGAUUUUGUGUAUACAUUGUAAAGACUACAUUUGGGGACAGGGCCGCGUUGGUGUAAAAUGCAACGAUUGCCUCGCCUGCUUCCACGAGAUGUGCGCCCGGUUCGCCGCCAAGCACGUCUGCCUCAAGAACGACGAGCCUCCGACGACCACCACCUCCUCCACCACCCUCGACCACGACAAGCCCAUAUCAGAAUGGACGUCCGCUCAAGUUUUGGAAUGGAUGGCGGCGACGAACCUCUACCUCUGCUCGGAAAUCUUCCGGUACAAGGACAUCAAGGGAUCGGACCUUGUUCAUCUCGACAAAGAAAAGCUAAUUAAUAUGGGCAUCAAGGACGAAUUCCACCAGAUGGCCAUAUUGUCCUGCAUCGAGGAGCUCCUGGGCAAGCAAGAGAACAAACUGAGUAGCAGCAACGAGCAAGAGUCGGACAACACGCACACGCAUAAUUUGACGCAACACAGUUUCAGCAGUUUGGAGCGGUGCGGAAAGUGCAACAAGUACCUGAGGGGGUUGUUGCACCAGGGUUUCGUUUGCCAGGACUGCGGUUUGGUGGCCCAUCGUUCGUGCGCCGCCACCGGUUUGCCUCCGUGCACCAGCACGUUCGGCCGGGGCUUGUGUUUGCAGUUUUUUCCCGGGGAUAUCCAGGAAGCUCCCGCGUUUCUUACGAAGUUCAUAGCGGAGUUGGAGUCGAAGGCCGAGAGCGACGAAAGUUUGGAGUUGUACAAUUUGUAUAGCGCCACACCGCCUCCGGACCAGAUGGCGAAGUUGCUCGAGAAAAUUAACGAGGGUUGGACUAAUUUAGAUCUAAUCGACUUCAGUGCCGUUUGUAUCGCGGGGGUUAUUAAAAAAUUUCUUCGGGAGUUACCCGACCCACUUGUACCUGUCCAGUGGUAUGAUGCUUUUCUGUCAGCGGCAAAAGCCAAAACUGACGAAGCUUGUGCGACUACUUUGUCUCGUUAUGUUGAAGAUCUACCUGAAAAUCAUCGUUCCACUUUAAAAUAUGUAAUGGCUCACUUAUGUCGCAUGUGCCAGAUGGAAUACUCCAGGGGUAAUCAUAGUCCCCCUACUGUUCUAAUUCAGGCAUUGUGCCACAUAUUUCUCAGACCACCUUGGGAACGUAUUAUUCAAGUGAUCUACAAUACUCAAUCUCACAAUAGAAUUUUAGAAGUACUUCUUCUCAAGUGUAGCUGGGGCGUGAAGCUUCCCGAGUUUGCUUCCGCUCCGGCUAUACCACCGCGAAGGGUAAUGGGCCGCAUGGGCGGUAGUACCAUUUCGAACAGUGCAGUAGACAAGGAGAAAUCGAACGCUUUGUCCCUACAAGAUGCCGAGUGGUACUGGGGCGACAUCAAACGCGAAGAAGUCAACGAAAAAUUGAAAGACACCCCCGAUGGGACGUUUUUAGUUCGAGAUGCUUCCACUAAGAGUGGCGAAUACACGCUAACCCUGCGCAAGGGCGGUACAAACAAACUGAUUAAAAUCUGCCAUAAAAACGGAAUGUAUGGGUUUACGGAACCUUACACGUUCAGUUCGGUCGUCGAAUUGGUCAAUCACUUUCGGCACGAUUCGUUGUCGCAGUACAACGCUUCUUUAGACAUCAAACUCCUGUACCCGGUAUCCAAAUUCAAUUACGAGGAGGAAGCAGCGAAAGCGGAAGACGUAGAGAAGCUUUGGGAUCAUUUACGUGACAUUAAAAACAGACUGUUAGAUAAGAACAAAGUUUUGGAUAGUUUAACCGAAGAUUUGAAUAAGACAAGUCAGGAGGUGUCUAGUAAAAGGCAGGCGUUGGAAGCUCUCAAGGAAUUGGUUAAAGUUUUCGAAGACCAAAUUGCCACUCAUAGUUUAGUUAGGAAAGAAGCGCAGCCGCACGAAAUUGCGGGCUUGACUGUCAACGAGCAAUUAUUAAAGCAACGACUGAGUAUGAUGCAGGAGAGUUCGGAGCAUUUAGAUAAGACUUUAGAAGAAAAAGAGGCCUAUAACAGAACGCUAGAGCGUGAACUGACUGUGUUAAAACCGGUUGUGCAAAGCUUGCGCAAGGAAAGGGACAAAUACAUAAGAUGGCUACAAAAGCGUGGGGUCAGUCCAACGAAGAUAAAUCAGGUUCUGAAUCGUAACAGCGAAGAUGAAGAGUAUAAUGCAGAAUCUGGGGAGGAGUUCGACGUGGAUACGUUGAUACACAACGACGAACGUACUUGGUUGAUGCUGAAUUGUACACGUAACGACGCCGAGAAAUGUUUGGCCGGUAAACCGGAUGGGACUUUCCUGAUACGAACGUCUAGAACUUCCAAAUACGCUUUGUCCAUUGCUUGUAACAAGAUGACCAAUCACUGUAUUAUCCACGAAACGAAAAGAGGGUUUGGUUUUGCCGAGCCGUACAAUAUUUAUCCCACGUUGAAGGAUUUAGUUCUGCACUAUGCUACGAACUCAUUGGAAAUACACAACGAUUCUUUGAAUACCGUGUUGGCCCAUCCUAUACUAGCAUGGAAAUAUAGUAACGAGAAUCGUUACAGUAACGAAAAUCGUUACAUUGGAUCAAGCACCACGUACAACUGUUAAUUUGAGAGUGAUGUGAUAAUUCAAAGUUGCUGUGACUUUUUAUAUUCCCAUAAUCUUAAAUUUUACGAUGGUGAUAAUUUUCCAAAAACUAUAACAAAUUUAUAUUAAAUAAUGUAUCAUAUAAAUAUAUUUACAUAUACAAAGUGACAGUUUUACAAUUGAAGUACUUUUUGCUUAAUCACCAGGUUAAAUUGACUGUGAUAGUGUACUAAAGAAGAAGUUCUUAGAUUUAUAUAACAACCUAAGCACAUAGUGUGUGUGAUCGUGCGGUGUAUCAAUAUGGCCUGGUUUAUUUUUGAGAGGUUCAACAUUUUUCGAUCGAAAUAUCCUAGGCCUCUUCUGUUCUUGACAUUUUCAACUGUAUAUACAUUUUCGAAGCAGUAGCGUAGCCACAGGAUAUUGGAGCCUGCAGCUAUAUGCGACUCUAGUCAAACUUUUUUUUAUACAUGUUAAUCUGGUUCUUUUCACUUGUCUCAAUUAUUUUUAGCGUUUUUAUUUCGAAUGCAGUGGCGUGGCUUAGAGUCGAACUUAAAGCUUUAUUAUUUUAAUUCGUCGGUACUAUUUUUGUCUCUGAGGUACGCCACUGUUCUACGCUGCUGCCAAAAUAGCUGUUAGCUGAUAUCCACUUUGCGCCAACGAUCGGACGGUAGCCAUCGUGCUUAACAAAAUGGUGUCCACAUUUUUAUCUUUGACGCACCAAGGUUACCGUCCAGUCGGUGGAGAUAUAUUGUGUUAAUCCGCCUGUUCAAUAUAUCUACUUACUUUAUUUGCUAAUUGCUGCAGUGUGAGAAGAAAGCAUUCUAGAUAAUAUUUUAUGUGAUCUACAUCUAGAUGAUAAACUUUUACUUUAUUAGUUCGUGCAAUGUUUAUCAAAGUGUUAUGUAUUUAACUUUUAUUUUGUAACACUUUAGUAUUUAUAUUUAGGAUAUUUUUAAUUUGAAGAGUACAAAUGUUUUUUUACAUUUGUUUUUAAUUCUUGAAGAAUUUUUAUACUGUAGUAUAAAACAUUUCAAUCUCAUAUAUCUAGAAUGGUUUUCAUUUUAUUUCAUUUUUAUGUUGAUACUUUCAUUUUGUAAUACGAAUUCUGAAUUGAAUCCAUUUCAUUCAUUUUCAUUUGUCGCAAGUGAUUAUUAAAAGAAAAAAGUAUUAAAAACUGUUAUAUCUAGAAUCUUUUUUAUGAUUGUAUGUUGAUUUUAUUUUCUUCAAAUUUGGAGAGGUACAAAAUAUAAUUUAUGUCAACUAAUCUUUUUAUUAUUUUUCUAUUGAGGCUGCAGUUUUGUAGAUAUUUCUAUAUAUAUAUUAUACAUAUAUAUAUCGUCUUUUUUAUGCAAGUGUUGAUUUUUUACAGUUUGUCAAUUGACUGCUUUAGAGUUUGAAGAAUUUACUACCCCAACUGUGUGCUUUUUUCAAACUGGAAUAGUCUGUCAGACUUUAGUCUGCUGCAGUAACGUAGUUUAUAUACAACAUAGUGAUGUUUUUCAUUUUAUAAUGUGAUUAAUGGAGACAUAAUGGGUAUUCAAAUUAAAGUGAUGUUUCUGUAAACAUUUGAUGAUACAUGUCAACAGUUUUCUGUUUUUGU